AUGGCCAAGCUCACUCUGCUCACCGGCCUGGCGCUGCUGCUGAACGCCCACCUCGGCACUGCCUAUGUGCUGACCUGUUACUUCACCAACUGGGCCCAAUACAGACCUGGCGAGGGCAGAUACACCCCUGAGAACAUCGACCCCAACCUGUGCACCCACCUGAUCUACGCCUUCGCUGGCAUGAACAACAACGAGAUCACCACCUACGAGUGGAACGAUGAGACCCUGUACAGGUCCUUCAAUGGCCUCAAGAACCAGAAUAGGAACCUGAAGACCCUGCUGGCCAUUGGAGGAUGGAAUUUUGGCACACAGAAGUUCACCACCAUGGUCUCCACGCCCCAGAACCGCCAGACCUUCAUCAACUCCGUGGUCAGGUUCCUGCGCCAGUAUGGAUUCGACGGGCUGGACCUGGACUGGGAAUACCCCGGCUCCAGGGGCAGCCCCGCCCAGGACAAGGCUCUCUUCACCGUCCUGGUUAAGGAACUGCUGGCAGCCUUCGAGCAGGAAGCCAGGCAGACCAACCAGCCCCGGCUCCUGGUCACCGCUGCUGUGGCCGGAGGACUUUCCACCAUCCAGGCUGGCUACGAGAUUGCUGAACUGGGCAAGUACCUGGAUUACAUCCACGUCAUGACCUACGACUUCCACGGGCCCUGGGACGGCUCCACGGGCGAGAACAGCCCCCUGUUCAGCAGUGGCAGCACCCUCAGUGUUGAAUACGCCAUGAACUACUGGAAGAACAACGGCGCCCCAGCUCAGAAGCUCCUGGUGGGAUUCCCAACCUACGGGAAAACCUUCACCCUGCAGAACCCAUCCAACACGGCCGUGGGAGCCCCAAGCUCCGGGCCUGGCCCCGCCGGACCCUACACCAGGGAGGCUGGGCUCUUGGCUUACUACGAGAUCUGCAGCGUCCUGAACUCCGGAGCCACCCAGGCUUGGGAUGCCCCUGAGGAUGUUCCCUACGCCUACAAGGGCAGCGAAUGGAUCGGCUACGACAACAUCAAGAGCUUCAACAUCAAGGUGGACUGGCUGAAGAAGAACAACUUUGGAGGUGCCAUGGUCUGGACCAUCGACCUGGAUGACUUCACUGGCACCUUCUGUCACGAGGGCAAAUACCCCCUGAUCUCCACCCUGAAGAAGGGCCUGGGGCUGUGA